UGAACGGAAAGCCACGUGGUGGUACUCGGCUUUUCACAAUAUCACGGCCAUGGUUGGAGCUGGGGUCCUCGGUCUCCCUUAUGCCAUGUCCGAACUCGGCUGGGGUCCCGGUGUAACCAUAAUGAUUCUUUCAUGGGUCAUCACCUUGUACACCCUGUGGCAAAUGGUGGAGAUGCACGAGAUGGUUCCUGGUAAGAGGUUUGAUAGGUACCAUGAGCUAGGUCAGCAUGCAUUUGGUGAAAAGCUCGGGCUUUGGAUCGUCGUACCCCAACAAGUCGUGGUCGAAGUCAGUACAUGCAUUGUCUACAUGGUUACCGGGGGAAAAUCACUCAAGAAGUUCCAUGAUAUUGUCUGUCCACCGCCCAAGUGCCAAGAUAUUAGGCUCACCUUCUUCAUCAUGAUCUUCGCUUCCGUCCAUUUUGUCAUCUCUCAUCUUCCCAACUUCCAUUCCUUGUCUCUUAUCUCCUUGUCCGCAGCUGUAAUGUCCUUGAGUUACUCUACUAUUGCUUGGGUGGCUUCAGUGACUAAGGGGCAAGAAGCGGAUGUGAACUAUGGUCCAAGAGAGACAAGUACAACUGCAAUUACUCUCAGCUCUUUUAAUGCUUUGGGAGAUGUUGCCUUUGCCUUUGCAGGUCAUAAUGUGGUGUUGGAAAUCCAAGCAACAAUUCCUUCGACUCCUGAUAAGCCUUCAAAGAAACCAAUGUGGAGAGGAGUAAUCCUUGCCUACUUGGUUGUUGCCUUGUGUUACUUCCCAGUUGCAUUUUCCGGUUACUACUCCUUUGGGAACAAAGUUGAUGACAACAUUCUGGUUACCCUGCAAAAACCUUCAUGGCUCAUUGCCACUGCAAACAUGUUCGUCGUGGUCCAUGUCAUAGGAAGCUAUCAGGUAUACGCCAUGCCAGUUUUUGACAUGCUAGAAACAUUCUUGGUGAAGAAACUACGCUUCAAACCUUCGACUGUGCUUCGCUUUACCACUCGUACUAUUUAUGUUGGUGUGACCAUGUUCGUUGCCAUUGCUGUCCCCUUCUUUGGAGGCUUAAUGGGAUUCUUCGGUGGCCUUGCUUUGGCCCCAACAACGUACUACCUUCCCUGCAUUAUGUGGCUCGUCCUCUACAAACCAAAGAGGUUCGGCUUGUCUUGGUGUGCAAAUUGGGUCUGCAUCGUGGUCGGCAUUGUCCUGAUGAUUCUAGCACCUAUUGGCGGUCUAAGGUCCAUCAUCCUAUCAGCCAAGAACUACAAAAUGUUCUCUUAAAUAAUGUCAAUCUUCAAGUAACCAAAGAUCCAACAAAACAAAACCCUUUGCUUAUUUGAGGUCAAAACCGAUGAUGAUGAGGAUUUCAACCGGAGUACCUUGCCCUUACUCCUGGUUGAAAUGUUUAUGGCUCUGUCGAGUGAGAGACAAUGACAGUCGUCUGCUGAAGUCUGUUAAUGGGGCAAUCUCUUUCGUAUGCAUAGCUAGUCACAGUGAGUAGAAAUGCAAUUGUGUCGAAGAAAUUAUGGUGUGCAUUUACGUAGUUUCAUUUCUAGAUUUGUUAAGGUUUCAGAUGCAUAUAAUGCAUCGGCUUGUGUAUAUACUGGUGAAAGGACAAUAUCGUGCUGUUGUAAAUAUGUGUCCGUGUAUUGUUGUCUUUCAAGUUAA